AUGGCAAAAACAAAAAUUUCGUCGAUUCAUUCUCCAAUUCGUAUUCUAGUCAUUUCCAUUAUUCUUGUCGCACUACUCGUAUUUACGUCGCUACAAUUCACAUAUGCUUGGCCAGCUGAAAUAGAAAAGCGUCAAUUACCCUCGUUAAAUAUUCCAGGUGUUAAUAUUCCUGGAGCAUCUGGGAAUGGAAACGGAAAUGGAAAUGGAAAUGUUGGAUCAAAUAAUGGCAACGCAAAUGGAAAUGGAAAUGUCGGAUCAAAUAAUGGCAACGGAAACGGCAAUGCUAAUACAGGAUCUAAUAACGGAAAUUUGAAUGGUAACAAUAAUGCUGGCAGUAACAAUGGAAAUAGCAACGGUAAUGCAAACGUUGGCAGUAACAAUGGCAAUUUGAAUGGCAAUUCGAAUGCUGGACCCCUUCCUGCUGCUCCAUCGAGUUCAUCUAGUCCCGCUGCGAGUCCUGCUGAUAGUCCUGUUGCCAGUUCUGUUGCCAGUCCCGCUACUAGUCCCGCUACCUUACCGACAUCUAUUGCCGGUGGCAAUAAUAAUGGAAAUGGAAACGGCAAUGGCAAUACGGGAUCUAAUAAUGGUAAUUUGAAUGGUAACAAUAAUGCCGGCAGUGACAAUGGAAAUAGCAACGGUAAUGCAAACGCUGGCAGUAACAAUGGCAAUUUGAAUGGCAAUUCGAAUGCUGGACCUCUUCCUGCUGCUCCAUCGAGCUCAUCUAGUCCCGCUACUAAUCCCGCUACUUCACCGACACCUAGUGCUGGUGGUAAUAAUGGAAAUGGAAAUGGCAAUGGCAAUACAGGGUCCAAUAAUGGUAACUUGAAUGGCAACGGCAAUGUUGGUAGUGGCAAUGGAAAUCUCAACGGAAACGCGAAUGUUGGUAGUGACAAUGGAAAUCUAAACGGAAACGCAAAUGUUGGUAGUGGCAAUGGAAAUCUUAACGGAAACGCAAAUGUUGGUAGUGACAAUGGAAAUCUUAACGGAAACGCAAAUGUUGGUAGUAAUAAUGGAAAUGGAAACGGAAACGCAAAUGUUGGUAAUGGGAAUGGAAAUCUCAACGGAAACGCGAAUGUUGGUAGUGACAAUGGAAAUCUUAACGGAAACGCAAAUGUUGGUAGUAAUAAUGGAAAUGGAAAUGGAAACGCAAAUAAAGGAUCAAAUAAUGGUAAUUCGAAUGGUAAUAAUAAUACGGGUAGUAAUAAUGGAAACGGAAAUGGAAACAAUAAUAACGGUUCUUAUAAUGGUAAUGGAAAUGGAAACAACAAUGUCGGUUCUCUUAAUGGAAACGGAAAUGGAAACAAUAAUAACGGUUCUUAUAAUGGUAAUGGAAAUGGAAACAACAAUAUCGGUUCUCUUAAUGGCAACGGAAAUGGAAACAAUAAUAACGGUUCUUAUAAUGGUAAUGGAAAUGGAAACAACAACAUCGGAUCAGGAAAUGGUAAUUGCAAUGGAAAUGGAAACAAUGGGAAUGGAAACGGAAAUCUCAACGGAAAUGAUAACGUUGGAUAUGGAAACGGUAACUAUAACGGAAAUAAUAAUGGAUAUAAUAAUGGGACGGCGAAUUGUCCAAUGUAA